AUGAAAUUAAUAUUAAGUGUAUAUUCAAGUAAUAUAACUUUAUAUUACCGUAAUUCACCGUAUCGUGUACAAACUGAUUUAACGAUCGAAACAAAAGCUGUCUUAACAAUUGAACCUGGAGUACAAAUUUAUUUUGAUACGGGUGUUGGUAUUAAAAUUAAAGGUGCUAUAUUGGCUAUGGGAAAUGAAUUUGCUUAUAUUAAAAUGUUACCAUAUCAACAAAUUACCAAUUAUGAUUCGGAAAUGCCACAAUUUCGCCUUAUUGAUGGACCAUCCGUACGACAGGGACGAUUACAAAUUAAAUUUCAAAAUCGUUGGCGAUCAGUUUGUACAAAACUUACAAACUGGACAUCGAUAGAUGUUAGCGUAGCAUGUCAAUCGAUGGGUUUCAAUGAUGGCGGUUUUUGGAAAUGGUAUGAACGUAACAAUGAUACAUAUCCAUUUGUAAUGCCAUUACCAAAAUGUCAACCAAAUAUUUCAUCAUUGUGGGAUUGUGAAGGAUUUAGUAAUCCUGAUAUGAUACCGUUAAGUGAAAAUCUUUGUCAAGGUGAAGAUGAUAUAGGAAUUCGUUGUUGGGGAGCACCAAUUUUUCUCGGGUGGCAAAGACAUUGGAAAGGUUUGCAAAUCUUAUCAUCGUCAUCACAGUACGUAAAUUCAGAUCCUGAUAUGGUUGCUUUACAUCAAGAAUCUAUUAGUAGACUUGAAUUUGUUGAGAUACUUUACGCUGGAUAUGACGGGUCAACUAAAAAUACAACAGCAGCAAUUCGGAUUGAAGGUAUUUCACCGAUCAUGAAUGGCCUUCGGAUUGAGAGAAGUGCCGGAGAUGGCAUUCAUCUUGUAAGACCUACAGAGCCUGUUGUCAUUGCUAAUUCAACCAUCCGUAAUAAUAGAGGACAUGGAAUAAUGGUAAUGAAUACUACUGAUGGCCGAGUUUUCGUUAAUAUGACAACAAUUAGUGGGAAUUAUGGUGAUGGUAUACACUAUCGUGAAGGAUAUGAUGAAUUCCGGUAUUUCACUAUGUCCGAUAAUAAAAAGCCAAGAUUGGAUAUGUGUACUGAACAUAAAAUAUCACCUACUUUUUUCUUUCCACAUUUAAUUCAAGCGAAACUUACCAAUGGUACGGUAAUCGAUGAUAGCAAUGCAUCGCCCUGUUGGAUGAUAGUAUCAUUACCAGCUCAAUUACCGUACACCUACAGUAUACAAUUUAUGACAGUAAGAAAUGAAAAUGAUGAAAAAUCGGAUUCGGAAACUCGAUUAAUCAUAUGUGAUGCAAAUGCGAACUUUGAUGGAUGUGAUGGUGAACGAUAUCGUAUUCCUAUUUUAAACCGUAUUCUUCCUCAAACAGUUUCAUUCCGGAGCACCAGUCAACCAAUAUAUCUUUCGCUGCAGCAUAUAACAAGUGGAUUAAGUGGUCGAGUUGCUGGUGAUAUUAAUUUAAUUUUUCGAAUUCACGCUUCCGUCACUGAUAAACCAUUUUAUGGUUUGAAUAUAACGCAUACAGUAAUAGAAAAUAAUACCGGAAAUGGUAUUUGGGCGCAAGAUAUACGUGAACGAACAGCAUUAACAAAUGUAACGAUAGCGAAAAAUGAAGGACAAGCAGGAUUUUUGGUACGAGACGGAGCGGCGGAUAUAUGGAUUAAUGCAUCCCAAAUUAGUGAUAACUGGGGUGAUGGUAUUAAUGUAUCGUAUGCUGGUGGUUCUAUUACAAUUAAUGGUACCAUAAUUAGUCGCAAUAAAUUGCGGG